AUGGAUAUUAUUCUAGGUAUAAGAUUAGAAGACGCAACACUUGUGGCCACUUCGAAAGCAGCUACCCGUGGUAUUUCUGUAUUAAAAGACAAUGAUGAUAAGACAAGGCACCUCAAUGCCCACAAUUUAAUUGCAUUUACUGGUGAAUCAGGUGACACGAUCCAAUUUUCAGAAUACGCCCAAGCAAAUAUUCAAUUGUACUCAAUGCGUGAAGAUGAAGUAGAGUUGUCGCCCAAGGCAACUGCAUCAUACGUAAGAAAUCUUCUUGCAACGUCGAUAAGAUCUAGAAAACCAUACCAAGUGAACUGUUUAAUAGCCGGUUACGAUAUCAAGACCCAAAAACCAUCGUUGUACUACAUUGAUUAUUUGGGAACGCUGGUGGAAUUGCCCUACGGAGCGCAUGGAUAUGCUGCAUUUUACACAACCUCUUUAUUGGAUAAACACUAUCGAAAGGGAAUGAGUGUAGAGCAAGGGUUGGAGUUGAUGAAGAUGUGUGUGGAGGAGUUGCAAAAGAGAAUGCCAAUUGAUUUCAAAGGAGUUUACGUAAAAGUUGUGGAUAAAGAUGGGAUUAGGCUAGUAGAGCAGAAUUUAUAG